AUGGAUGUUCACGAUGAUUUCGAUAACGUUUCCUGGAGGAAUGAUACGCACAGCGAGGGUUCACGGCCAACGACUCCGGGCACUGAUUCCGAAGAGCCCGGUUAUCCAUCUCGCGAUGUCAACGGGAAGCGCAGGAUGAGCACAGCCGAAGAAGAACCCCAAGCAGGACCAUUGGCCGAUCCCGUUGACCUGGCUGGCAUCGGAGAUGGUGUCUUGGAGUGCUCGGUCGACUCGCCGCUGAAAGAGAACGAUGGCACUAAAGAUGCAUAUAUUUCAUACCUUGUGACUACUCAUACAGAUUUCAGGACAUUUCAAAAAUCAGAUUUCACUGUUCGCCGCCGCUUUCGCGAUUUCUUUUUCCUCUAUAAGACACUCUACCGAGAAUAUCCUGCGUGUGCCGUUCCUCCGUUACCGGACAAACACAAGGUCGAGAGUUAUGUGACCGGAGAUCGGUUCGGCCCUGACUUUACGCAGCGUCGCUCGUGGUCGCUUCAUAGGUUUAUCAAGCGCAUAACACUGCACCCCGUGCUCCGGAGAGCGCCUUUGCUGGCGAUUUUCCUCGAGUCCCCGGAUUGGAAUGCUCAUAUGCGUUUACAUGGCGGACGUGGUUCCACUGGGGGAACCGAGACGUCAAGUGGUAUUUUUGACAACUUCACAGACACAUUUGUCAAUGCAUUCACAAAAGUGCACAAACCCGAUCGCAGGUUCAUCGAAGUGCGAGAAAAAGCAGACAAAUUAGACGAAGAUCUCAAUCAUGUAGAGAAGAUCGUUGCCCGAGUCGCCCGUCGUGAGACAGAUCUUGAGUCUGACUAUGCCGAUUUAGCUACUCAGUUUCGAAAGCUGGUUCCUUUGGAGCCAGAUGUGGAGAUGCCACUCCAAGUCUUUGCGGCUUCUGUGGAUGAGACAUCACGGGGAGUGAAAGAACUUAAAGAUCAUACGGACCAGAACUACCUCGGCUCGCUGCGGGAUAUGGAGGCGUAUAUUCUUUCGGUAAAACAAUUGCUGAAAACGCGGGAGCAAAAACAACUCGAUUUCGAAGCACUCGUGGAAUACCGCAACAAAGCGGUUUCCGACCGAGACUCCCUAGUCAACAACCCAUCGUCAUAUUAUGCGUCCAAUCCUCUCACCUCGUCUCCGGCAUCGUUCAUUCGAUCCAAAAUGGAGGAUAUGCGGGGCGUUGAUCAUGAGCAAUCUCGACGUGAGCGCGUCCGAAAACUCGAACUUCGCAUUGAUGAGUUGACGCGCGAGGUUGACUCUGCAAAGACUACAUCUGAAAUGUUUGAUGAAGAAGUAGUCCGCGAGGUCGCUGAUUUCGAUCGUAUCAAAGCGGUCGAAUUCCGAGAUACAAUGGGAGCGCUUGCUGAGAAUCAUAUUGAGUUUUAUCAAGGUGUGAUCAACACUUGGGAACGAUUUAUAUCUGAAAUGGAUGGCGAACUGGGUGACGAUGAACCUCGAGGCCGAAGUGAUAUCGUGUCAUGA